UUUUUUUUUUCUUUUCUCCAUUAUGCUCUUUUACUUUUUAUUUUCUGCUUCCUUUUUUCAGUAUUUCAUAAUCCAUUCGGUUGGUGGCUAUCGAGUUCCAUUCCCAGGAUUGCUAGUCAUUUGUGAAGACAAAAGAGUUCCUUAAUUUGGCAUUUAAUUCUAAAUGUAAUAUUUGCUGAUGGUCCUGAAAAGAGUUACUAAAGAUGGCAUAUCACCGCUCAAGGGAAUCAAUUAAGUUCUCUGGGAGUCUAAUCGAUCCUGAAAAUGCCGAAGACCUCCUAAGGACCAAAACAGAUAUCGAAAACAGCCUCUCUAAAAUCCUGAAGCUUAUUAAGAAUGAAAACCUUAGCACAGGAGACGGGAUCCUUAAACAUUCUACAAAACAGACAGAACUUGUGGGGCUAGUAGAGGACUUAUACAAGCAGCACCAAUCACUUUAUACACAAUAUGAUCGUGUUACUGAAGAGCUUGAGAAAGCAGUUUCUCGCAGAAGAAACAGGAAAACUCCAGCGUCUUCCUCUGACUCAGACUCUGAAUACUUUUCCUCAGAGGAAGUAGAAGCCAAUAGAAGAAGAUCAGCAUCUGAUUCUGAAACUCCUAAGCGGGAAUUGGAUAGAGGUGAUGCAACAGAAUUUGAGGAAAAGUUAGCUUCACUAAUGAAAAAGGUGGAGAUCUUGAGCCAGCAGAAAAUGGAUCUAGAACUUCAAGUUGAAAGCCAAACACAAGAAAUUAAACAGCUAAGCUCCAAGAACAGUGAGCUUAAUGACCAAGUCUCGGAACUUGAGUUGCAGUUGAAAGAGGAAAAAUCUGUGGUAUAUAAUUUUCAGGCAAAACUCAAUAACAAUAACAACAAAGCCAAGUCAAACAUUGCAUAUUUCAUGGCAAAGAUGAAUGAGCUAGAACAGGAGACCAAAUCCCUACAGAGACAGAAAAAUGAAAUGGAAGAAAAAAUAAAACAUGAUAAAAACGAAGCAUCAAUCCAAAGAGAGGAGUUGAUGGAGCAGCUUAACCAAAUGCAGCAAAAGCUAAAUUCGCUAGAAAGUGAGAACAAAGAACUAGAAUCCGAGAUUGAAAGCCAGAGGGAACAAAUGUCUCAAGACCUGAUUCAGAUAGAAAAUCUGAAAGACAACUUAGCCGAAAUGAGAUCGGUAGAGGAGAACAUGGUGGAAGAGAAAGAGAGGUUUCUCGAGCAGAUAAAGGAACUGGAACAAAAACUGGAAGCUCAAAACAGCCACAAAAACGAAUUGGAAGAACAGUUAAGAGACACAAGUUAUGAGAUCAAACAGGUGGCGGAUGAAAACAAGGCUCUCCAAGACAGAAACCACGAACUGAGAACAGCAAUAACACAGAGAGGGGAAGAGAUCUCUAAUUUCAUGAGGGAACAAGAGAAUCACAAAAACGGUGCUUCCAUGAAGACAAUGGCUCUGAAGGCAAACCUGAACACUAUGAGGCUCGAAUUGGACACAAUGCACGAACAGAAAAACAAGCUGGAGCAGCAACACGAGCGAAGCCAGAAGGAAUACGCUGAGAGCAUGGCAAAGAUGGAAACUUUGAACGCGAAACUAGCGGCCCAGGUAUGGGAUCAAGAGAAAACGAUUGAAAAACUGAACGAGGAGAACAAACAAGCGAAAGUUGUGUACAGCAAAUUGAGGUUAAUGCAGAGUACAGCGGAGAGGAAAAUGAACGAGUUGGCGGAGGCGUUUCGGAGGAAGAUGGAGGACAACAUAAGGUUACUGCACCAGAGGAUCCACGUGGCGGAACAGCUGAACAACGAGAACAAGCACAGUUGCAGGCUCACGAAGAUGAGGUACGAGGAAGAGAACAAGAGUCUGGGGAGGAGAAUCGCGAGUUACGAGGAGGAGUCACGCGUUCCGAGUGGGUUUGAUUUGGGUACGCUGAGUUUGGCGGUUGGGAAGGUGGAGGAACACGCGCGGCGCGUGAGCGGGAUGGCGUGUGAGGUGGAGUUUGUGAAGGAUUGGGUGAGGGAGAGGAAUUGCGAGGUGAGGGAAUUGAGAGUGAAUGUGGAAGAGUUUAGGGAGUUGUUGGGGAAAAAGGAGGAACAAGAAUUGUUGUUGAGGGAAAAUGUGUGGAAUUUGGAGGCACAAGUGAGUAAAGAAGGUGGGGAGAAGCUGAAUUUGAGGAAGGAAGUAAGCCAGCUUGAGAAGAAAGUGGGAAAAUUGGAGAAGAUUGUGAAAGAGAAGGAUGAGGAAUUGGUUAGCCUUGGAGAGAAGAAAAGAGAGGCAAUAAGACAGCUAUGUUUUGUGGUGGAUUUUCAUAGGGAGCGUUGUAACUAUCUCAAGGCUGUGUGGUCACGGAAAAGAGCUUGAGUAUGAGUUUGUGAAGGAAUGUUAUUGUUUCUUGUACAUUCUGUGGGAUGGAUGUUUCCGUCCGCACUCAUCAAACUAUUUGCACUUGCAGAUCGUUUUCUUUUUCUUUUCUUUUCUUUUCUUUUGGGCACAUUGUAUUUUAUUCUUUUAAUGAAAAAAUAACUCCAGCUAUGCAUCAAUUCAUAUGCUA